UUAUUAAAAAAAAAAAAAAAACAUUUCAAAAAAAAAAAAACAUUUAUUAAAAAAAAAAAUUAAUUCACCCAAUUUUAUACCCUCGAUCCCGCUCUCUCUCCUGAGUCUUCACACUAUCCUCUUCGUUUUCCCGCCGUUCUCCAUUUGGUGGCACCUGAUGCUCCGUCUAACUAGCCGCCGGUAACUGCCUUCUCUUCACUCUAAAUCUGCUUCCUUUUGAAGGGUUCAGUCUCCUUCUUCGUACAUAUCGGCUCAGCCUCUUUCCGUCGCCGGAAUUCUCCUUGAAACUCCUAGCAGCACAGCCCAGAAGAAAUCUCCGGCAUCAAAAAUUCCAUCUUUGGCUCUUCAAAAGCUUCUGGGUAUUCACAAAUAUUCGAGCUUUGGUAGAUUCAAGGGUCACUGUAGCACUUUUCUCUGGGUCGUUCAUGGCGUCCAAUCCUGGUUCAAACCAAACCACUGACAAAACUGACAACGAAGACGAUGGAUUAUCAUCUAGAUUUCAGACAACGGUAUGUCUACAAGAGUGGUGGUUGAUUAAAGCGGAAGAUGACUUUCAAAAGAAGCGAUUAGCCAUUGCCGGCUUUACAUCUAGGGAGCAACGAGCUGUGCGUGUGUUUUCUUCCGCGCCCAUUGCCAAAAGAUAUGAUACUUUCACCGUUGAGACUGUUGAUGGCAUCUGUGUUAUCAUAAAAGGGUUCAUAAACAAGCAGAGGACUACCGACAAUGGGUUUCCUUCUGAGGUUUUCAGUCAUUUUGUAUUUGGUUUUCCAUCCUACUGGGAACAAUAUGCUGCAAAGUUCUUGGAGCAAGAUUCUUUCUCUGUUGCAGGCCUAAAAAAUUCAACUCCAACUUCAGCACAUUUUUCAAAGUCAGAAUCACCGAAUAAAUGUGAGCAUACCAUUUAUGGAGAUAGAAAAGAAGCUGAAGUUUCAGAAGACCUCUUUCACAAGGUGUCUGCGAAUAUUGAAAUUGGUGCCUUGAAAGUUUCCAAUGCUGAUGGCAGAAUCGACCAAGUGAAUAUUACAACAACCAGUGUUAGGAGAAGUAAUAGAUUGCAUAAUGAUGAACUAAAUGAUGGUUGUGUAAAAGAUGGGUUGCACCAGACUUCCUAUGUUAAAAGGGAACAUAAGUUUAGGAACAGGAAGACUCAAGGUAGUGUGCAGAAUGUGCUUACAAGUCAAUCAGAAGGUAAGAAAAGUCAUAUUAAAGACUCGAACAUAGCAGCUGGGGAAGGAGAAACUUAUUCUAAAGACAGAAGUUCAUCAAGAAAGAAACCUAAGAGGAAACUAAGCUUUGAUACCCAUGUUACUCCACGUAAACUAGAAGCACAAGUGAAUAUAUCAGUAGUGUCUCCAGAAUCCUCAAGCUUUAAACGAUCCAGAUCAGGGAGACUGCUGCUACCUACGUUGGAAUUCUGGCGCAAUCAGAUGCCAAUUUACGAUGCGGAUCAUAAACUUAUUGGAAUACAGGAAGCCGAACGACCUAGAGGUUUGUCCCCACAUAAACUGUUAAUUGAAGGGGAGUGGAUCCAAGCCUCAUAGAAGGCGAAGACAAUAGAGGUUAGAUAUAGUUUGCAGUUUUAGUAUGCAAUACACAUUGCUAUAAUAGAUCCCAGCCGGGUUAUUAUUUCUGUUUUUCUGUUUCUUUUUAGUUAAAUCGCUGUAGGAAAGGAUGUGAAAUGCUUUGCUGAUGGUACGUAAAAGUUUGUAAACUUUCGUAAUUCAAUUUAUGUAUAUUGGUUUCUGAUCUUAAUAUCAAUCUACAUACUUAGAUAUA